UACUGAGAUGCUCCUAAUCAGUAGAGACGGAGCAAACGCCAGGUUCCGGCUGCCAUUUCCAAGCGGGACCAGCCUCCUGGUGGUCAGAGCCUGAGAGGAAGGCCUGAGGCGGGCUGGCCAUAGGAGCCGUGGGCAUCAGCCAGCAGGAAGAUGGGUCACCUAUCAGAUCCUCAAAGCACCCCAACUCCAGCUGGCACCACAGCCAUGCCUGGGCUCAUUCCAGACCUCGUUUCCGGGAUCCUCUGGCCCCACUGGGCACUCAUUGUUGCUGCUCUUGCUGCUGGUGUCCUCGCUGUUUCCUGUUUGCUCUGUGCCAUCUGCUGCUGCUGCCAACGCUGCCGUCACAGGAAGAAGCCCCAGGACAAGGUGGCUAUGGGCCUGGGCAGUGUCUGCAGCAGCACCACCACCCACCUGGUGCAGCCAGAUGUGGAGAACGUGGAUUCCAGCUUGGGGGGCCCUCGGCAGUGGGGGCGCAUACAGCUGUCUCUGGAGUAUGGCUUUGGAAGCCAGGAGAUCAGGGUGGGUCUGAAGCAGGCGGCUGACUUGAGGGCCAAGGGCAUGGCAGACCCCUAUGCCCGUGUCAGCGUGUCCACGCAGGCUGGGCGCAGGCACGAGACGAAGGUGCACCAUGGGACACUCUGCCCCGUGUUUGAGGAGACCUGCUCCUUCCACGUCCUGCCGGCAGAGCUGCCCAGUGCCACCCUGAAGGUGCAGGUGCUGGACUUCAAGCGCUUCUCAGAGCAUGAGCCACUGGGGGAGUUGUGCCUGCCACUGGGCACCCUGGAUCCCCAGCAUGUCAUGGAGCACUGGUACCAGCUGGGCCCACCGGGCACCAAUGAGGCCGAGCAGAUGGGGGAGCUGUGCCUCUCACUGAGGUACGUGCCCAGCUCCGGCUGCCUGACUGUGGUUGUGCUAGAAGCCCGAGGCCUGAGCUCAGAGCUGGCAGAGCCCUAUGUGAAGGUCCAGCUCAUGCUGAACCAGAAGAAGUGGAAGAAGAAGAAAACAUCCACCAAGAAGGGCACUACUGCCCCCUACUUCAACGAGGCCUUCACCUUUCUGGUGCCCUUCAGCCAGGUCCAGAAUGUGGACCUGGUACUGGCUGUCUGGGUCCGGGGCCUGCAGCUCCGGGCUGAGCCCUUGGGCAAGGUGCUGCUCGGCCCCCGGGCCUCUGGCCAGCCCCUGCAGCACUGGGCAGAUAUGCUGGCCCAUGCUCGGCGACCCAUCACCCAGUGGCACUGCCUGCAGCCUUCCAAGGAAGUGGACCGCAUUCUGGCCCUGCAGCCCCGCCUGCGCCUGCCAGUGCCUCGCCCUUGAAAGCAUCCUGGCUCUCAGUUUCUCUAGACAGAGCCACGGACACUCAUUGAGGCCACCUGUGGAACUGUGUAAUAAAAGCAUUGUCCUGCCAUGUGUAUCCUGCUGGUCCUGUGGGGACGCAUAGGCAGGCAGGGUUCCAACCUCA